AAAACUGCUGUACGGAAGUUAAAAUAUGCAGAUGAACUGUAAUUCUUAUCCAAUUACUUCAGUAAUCAAUGGAAUUAUCGAUAGAAUACUUAAUUACUAAAGUUGCAGCCCUAAUUUAAUUUGCUCCUUUAGGACAGCACCACCACAACAUGUGAGAGAGAUGUAUGCUCAAGGCAUGAUUGAAAAGUUCCCAAACCUGCGUGAUCCUUAUUCCAAAAAUGGAUAUGAAGAUUUCUAUUAUGGUUAAAGUGGCUACUUAGCAUGGAGGCUUAAAACCAUCCAGAGGAAGAGCACCUUAUCAGAGGGGAGAAGAUCAUCAUGUCAGCUGACUGGGUGUGGACCAACAGCCAGAGGAGAUGCUUCAUUUAACCCUGAGGUGACCCUAAGAGAAGAGCCAUAUAAGGAAGCUAAUUCCUUCAUGAAAUACUCUUCUGAUGAGGCCGCCAUCAGGAACAAAAUGAAGAUGAUGUUUGAUUACCGUUGCAAGAUGGUCCUGGACGAAAACAGAUCAUCCAGCGUCUUGACUGAAUUUCCUCGCUUCAGAGAUGUCAGAGGCUUGAUUGAGCAAGACUUCAUUCUGGAAUUUGGAGAAGAUGUAGCUACCAGGUUUUUGGAGAGGUGGCCGACUGUUUUCAAGCAUAAAGUGAUCCAGCAGAGCAAGACUCUCCCUACCUCAACCGACCUUGAAGAAGUGAUCUACUGUGCUGAAGGAGCUUCAAGUGAGGAGGAACUGGAUGAGACCCUUACCUCUGGCUGGGACAGUGAUCUUGCUUCCAUCAUUCUCCUGUUCCACCUGAUUCCUCCUUCCUGUCAGGGUUACAAAAGACGUGGGAAGGUUUCUCCAUCCCAGGAUGAGGAGCACCAUGUGGUCUUCCAGAAGGUUUGUAAUAGUGGAACAAGUGUCCAGGAACAUGCUGAUGCCAUGAACUCCACUACGCAGCCCUACCCACUUGCUGUUGGGACAAAGAGGAGCACCAUUCAUGAGUUCUUCAUUGUUCUGGACAAGCAGGUCGUACCAUGCAAGUCAGCCAGCUCACUUGGAGCUUUUGAUGAAAUUUUUUACUUCGUAUUUGGAACUGUUUAUAAUCAAAUGCUCCACAACAUGUACGUCUUGGAACUUGGAGAGUUAAAGGAAGGUGCUGAAAUUGCUUCAGAACUUUGUAGUGAACACUCUCUCUCUCCAUGUCAAACACAAAAUUACUUUCAACUGGGGCUACAGAAUUUCAUCGGCAACAACAUAUUCCUAAUUGGUCACUGGUAAUCUAAAGAUCUAAUUUGAAAAGCUUUUGUGUAAAAUUUUAUGUGACCUUAAGAAAAUGGGUGCUUUUAACUUUGUCACUGACCA